UGCUAAAUAAAAUUAAUGUACUGUGUUGCUCUCUUUUCUUCCUACUCCGAUAUUUCAGGGAGUAAGGCAAUGAAUGGGUCUCCAGCUAAACUACAGCAGUAUUAUUGUUGGCCAACAGGAAGCACUACGGUGACAGAGGCACGAGUUUACAGAGAAACCAGGGGUCGCAGCAACAACGAGCCACAUAUCAAACGACCAAUGAAUGCGUUCAUGGUGUGGGCAAAGGACGAGCGCAGGAAGAUACUGCAGGCAUUUCCAGACAUGCAUAACUCAAACAUCAGCAAAAUCUUGGGAUCUCGCUGGAAAUCAAUGUCCAACCAAGAGAAGCAGCCUUAUUACGAGGAACAGGCCAGGCUCAGCAAGAUGCAUUUAGAAAAAUACCCUAACUACAAAUAUAAGCCCAGACCAAAGCGCACCUGCAUUGUGGAUGGCAAGAAAUUGCGUAUUGGUGAAUAUAAGCAGUUAAUGAGAAACCGAAGGCAGGAAAUGCGGCAGUUCUUCACUGUGGGGCAACAGCCUCAGAUUCCAAUCACCACGGCAGCAGGCGUAGUGUAUCCUGGUGCUAUCUCCAUGGCAACCACAGCAGCAUCACCACAACUGACAUCCGAGUGUUCCAGUGAAUCUGGCAGUCCAGAGCCAAGCAUCCCAGUCAUCCAGAGCACUUACAGCAUGAAGGGAGAAAGCGGCAACCUGGGCGUGAAUGAAAUGAUAAAUGGUGAAGAUGAAAUGGAAAUGUAUGAGGACUAUGAGGAUGAUCAGAAAUCAGACUAUAGCAGUGACAAUGAGAAUCAGGAGGCCAUCAGUGCCAACUGAAGAGCAACUGCAAUCAGACUGUUAUUUUGAACAAAAAGUUAUUGAUGAGCCUGCAUGUGUGGCUCCAACAGAUUCAUCAGCAAUGGUCUUAAAUGUUUCUUAAUGUGUGAAGCAUUCUGAUUGUUCUUUUUAUUUUUACAAAAUAUCGUGGACAUUUUACAUUACUGGCUACAGCCUGAAAACAAAAAAAAAGUUCAGGACUUGAAAGCUGUUGCUUAAUAUAGAUUCACAGCUAUCUGGCAGUCUUAAGUUUGUUUUUUCCCUUUCUCUUUUUGAGCUUGUUUUAAAAUGCUUUAGUUACUGUUUUCUUAAGGGGUGGGGGGUUUAUUCUCACUCAGGUAUGCUGUGUCAACCAGCAACUUGUGAAUGUGUUUUUAAUCUGAACUAUUUAAAAUAACUUAAAUUUCGUAGUUUUAAAAAGAAUGGGGGGGAGGGAGGGGGCAUGGGAACCAAAACAAAAAUGGCAGCAUGUGUGCACAAAGAGCACAGCGUAAAGCAGAACAACAAAGAGCUGAGCCCUGACUGGCUUUCCUUUUUUAAAAAAUUUCUUUUCUUUUUUGGUUGCAUAUUGUACUGUUUGAAUUAAGAAAGUGCCAAACUUCUAAUAACAUUUUAAUCUUAACACUCUGAAAAGUCUUAUUUGGGAGACGCUACAAAAGUCUUAGACAAUCUUCUGUCAUCUUAAUGAGGAAAAAAAAAUAUAGCAACACUUACAAAUAUGAUUCUUUCCAGACAACAGUGAAGUUACUCAGGAAUAUGAACGAAGGAUUUCUAUUUGAGACAGAGGAGGAGCUUGCCAGAGUGCAUGUGUCCAAACACCUUUUUCUCGAUGUGUCACAAUAGGGUGUUCAACAGUUAUUUUCCACUGUAGACAACAUGACUGGCUGCUGCCCCACUUGUCACUGAAGCAUUGUUUCCAGCCCUUUACCUCAUUAUGUUGGUUUCCGUUGAGAGUAUCUUAGUCAUUCCAGUGAUCUAUGGGGCCAAUUGAGGAUUAUUGAGUUUAAAAAAAAACACAAGGGGGAAAGAAAAAUGUAAUACCUGGGGGUAAAAUCAGUAACCAUAGGCUUCUGGGUAGUCUGAACAAAUGGAAAAUACCUUUUUCAAACCAGCUAAAUGUGUUAAAUUUGAGCAGGAAUGACUCUUAGUCUGAAUUUGCCUCUCGCAAUUGGCACGAACAUUCAUCAUUCUUUGCCUCCCCCCACAACACACCUUGAAUUAGAAAACCUAGACUGGGCUAAUCUUAUUUCAGCCUCACAGGAAUAUAGUUGAGGUAACUGAGAGAGAAAGAGAAAGGAGAGAGGGGCCUUGAUUUUGCAUUUGAUUUAUGUUCCAACUGACCCUAGAGCCUUACCUGCCGUUCAAUGGUGUUAAGUAACUUAAACAAAAACAUUUUCAUUCCUCUGCACUGUCAGCUUUCACCUUGAUAAGCACAAAUGAGGUAAGGAUGAGUAGGGAGGGAACUAAACACUAACAGCUUAACAUUUUAUUUAAUUUCACAAUGUCUUAAUUCAGCUACUGCAUUGCUCUGAGCAUUAAACAUUGUAAGGUCUUAAACAUGAAUGUGACUGGAUAUGCAAGAAGUAGGUGAGUUUAAAACAAAUUAUGGUACAUCUCCAUUAACCUGCCUUGCGUAUUCAAAUCUUCUAUACUAAAUACUUAAUAUGUGCUGGAAAAUAUGAAUGACCAUUAUUAAAUCUAAAAAGCACUAUUGAUAGUUAAUUGUAUUUGAAAUUGGGGAGAAGGUAUAAACUAUUGUUGAGAAGUGAGGCAGAAUUCAGUAUUUUUUUAAACCCAAAUUAUUUAAUGUUGGACUCGUUUAAUCUGGACUGUGAUGAUUUAGUUGGAAUGUCAUGCAAUGAGAAUAACUGAUGAACACACUAUUUCUUUAGCAAAUUAUUCAAAGUACUUACAGAAGUUAUUUCAUUCAAAAAAAAUUUUUGAACUUUAUAUCUGGCUUCAACUUGAGGGAGGGAGGAAUGGGGGGAUGGUCUCUGUUUCACCUGAUAUAAUUUAUUAAGGUUCUUAAAAAUUCUUAGUAAUAAUUAGCUCCCCUCAACUGCUUUUAACUUUAAAAUUCAGUUUUUACUUAGGACAGUGUAUGGCUUGUAGUUUGAGAGUACAUAUUUUAGUUAAUUUUUCAUUGCACACAAACAUUUAGUUGUUUUAGCUGUUUUGUUGCCAUGCCAAUAUGAUAUAAUGCAGGCUGGUGGGAAAACAAAGGACUGUUUUUUUUGGGACUGAAACUUGAUUAUGCUUGUAGUGUGUGUAUGUAUAUAUUUUUAUAUAUAUGUAAUAUAUAUAAUGAUACACAUACACACAUGGACACACACAUUACAUACACGCUCACACACACACACACACAGGAUGUUUUAAAGUGUUAUGAGCACUGGAUAUAAAUGAUAUUUUUAUCACUUCUGACUAAUGUGAAACUGUUGUAAGAAAUACUACAUGAACAAAAUGUCACCUGUUCCGACUCCUGUGGGCCUGCCUCACAGUUGCCAGAUUUGAGUCAUUUUAUGUCUAGUAACUUUAUUUAUGCAAAAAAAUGUUAUGUAUGAAUACUUUGUUUUAGCUCCUGCCCAGUGUCCCUUUCUCCCUCACUUCUGUCAUUCUUCCUUAUCCUGAAUUUUUAAAAUCUUCCUUUUCUCUCUCGCCAACCAACCCUACAAACGUUCUUCACUUUCUAUAUGACCGCUGAUUGGCUAAACAGACAUUGCCAAACUCAUGACUUUUUAUUAAAUGGUCAUAAUUAUUUCUAUGUAAAUUGCAUUUUAAGGUUGACUAGAUCAAAUAAAUGUUUGUGUAAUAUUUAUUAGCCGAAUUCAGGCUCUAAAAUAUCACUGCAGCGUUAUUCAACCAAGACAAUCAAAAAAGGAAAUAGUACAAAUUUACUUAAAUUGGAGCUUAAAACAAAGUUACAACAAAAAAGAAUCCACCAUCUCAUUUUAGAUUUUUUUAAAAUUGUAAAUAUAACAUAGGAAAUAGAAUUCUAUUUUUGUUCAUGAUACAUAGUGAAAUAUAAGUUAUGUAUUUACUGUUUUGUUAUACAUCAUUGUAUGUUGGUCCACAUUUUUAAAUGCUGACAAAUCGCUGUACCUCAUGUAGAUGCUGAACUCACACCCGCAAUGAUAUAACAGUAUUGGACCUUUAGCUGAGGCGUUCAGACACCUUGCUUGUGGUCAACUUCUCAUGUUUUUGUAUUGUAAUUAUUAUUAUUAAGGAUAUAUAUAGCGUUACAGUUAGUAAUGUGCAGAGUAGGGAAAUAAUUUUAUUUAAAGAAAAAAAAAUCACUUUUUGAAUCAUUGUACUGUGCCCAUUUCAUGGUAGGAAAAAAAAACAAUCAGUCAAAAUUUGUAAUUUCUUUUUAUGUAUUCACCUUUUACUUCUGUGUAAAAGUAAGCUUAUCAACCUGGGGUUGAUGAGUGGGAGGGGGGUAUUUGUGGAAAUCAAACUUUUUUCAUUUACUCGAAGUCACUUCUCAGGGUGAGUUGUAAUUAUGGGAAUGUGAUAGCCAGCAACUCACUUUUAACUGUUUCUAAGUGGCAUGAUGGUGUUGAUGAAUUAGCAAAUCCUGGCACAAUGACAUGUAGCAAUAUGUGCCAACCGAGUCAGGAAUAUAACAACGAACACCAGAUGGUAAUGAGCUACAAGAUAAGCAGGGAACAUGGCAAAUAGAAGAGAUUCUCGCUUGGUGCCACUGGUUCAACUAGUUAAAAUUAUUUUACCUCAUUUGUAUUUAAAUAAUAAUUGGCCUCAACAUUCAUAGCUUUUGUGGCAUAAGUAAAUUAGUUUGGAACUUUUCUGGUGGCUGCAACCAUGAAUCAAAUUGCCUUUCCAAGUUUAGAUCAUUGCUUGCAAAUAUCAUGCAAGGGCAGGCAUGUCAGCAAACCUUGUCUCAUUGUUAUUGAAUAAGAUACUUUAAAAAAGUUUCCUUAAUUAUCUCACACAGAAGAAAGGUAAUGUUUAUUGUGAAAGGGGCAAUGCCUUCCUUUAGAUGUUUGACAAAUCUUUAUUUGGAAAGGAGAAAAUACCAAGAGCUGUGCGUCAUUUUCAACAUGUGCAAUUAACAUUUUUGACAUUCUUCUUUGUGUCAUGUGUUACAUUAAAUGGAAAAUAAGUUUGCCAAACACUUUCUUUUCCUAAAUUUGGGUGAUUAUUAUGUCUGAUUAUUUCAUGCAUCAGCAAAGCAGAUGGGAUCUGAAUAAAAAUGGGCAAUUGUGACUGCAGCAAAUUCACCCAAAAUCUGGCAGAAGUGCUUCAGUAUAUGUUUUAAAUAUGUGUGUAACAGACUCAGGAGAUUGUCCUGACUCCUAGAUUAGUAGCUGCACUUUUUGUGAUGCCACAUGUAGUAGGGUGGAGUUAGCAAUGAUGCACAAGUUGUUAUGCAUUGGGAGCAACACCCUUCCUGGAAACUAGCAUUCUUGACAGUUCAGUGAUAAAUACAUGUUUCAUUCCCAGGCUGUGGCAUCAUUUAAAAAAAACAUAUUUUGCAUUAGCUGUUCUUUUUUAGAAAUUUUACCCAAUAACUUCAUCUGCCAUAUGCAUUAGUCUCAAAUUUGACCCCAGUGUCAAAAUGAUUUGAAUUUCUGUUUUCAUUGUUUAAUGCAGUAUUGAUAAUGUGGAGUCCUUGUAGCAAACCAGUCGUUUGGCUAACUUUGGAGUGACAAAGUGCAUUUACUGUUUGGUGAAUGCAAUUAGGACUUGUUGCUAAAUUUCACUUACCUUUCUUCCCCUGUAAUUGUCACAAGCCAGCAAAGAUUCUAGGCUUCUGUGAAACACACAAGUGAGGUGUUUGCCGCUCUUGGGAGUAUGGGGAAAUGUGCAAAUAACAUUUUUUUUUGUAUCCUGCACGUUGCAGCCUUGCUAUGUGCAUCUGCUGUUUGUCUUUGUCACUUGUGUUUUGUGCUGGAGUGUGCGAUUUUAUAAAAUGGCCCGCCCUCAGCUUUUAAAAAGAGUUACAGGAGUUUUUAUAGCGUUUUGGUUCAUUCAUUAAGUAUUUGCCUUUUUUUGGAAAAAACUACAACUAAGACAUGCUUAUAAGCUGUUACUACAUUGCUUCUUACUGUAACUUUUAUCUUCCAGCAUUGGAAGCUAUAUUUUUCAUUGUGAUGUAUAUUGUGAUGUUGUUUUCCAUGUUAAUUUAAUCAGCACAAUUCACUGACUUGCUGGACUGACAUGCUAGCUGCUGGUAAAGUGUAAGAGGUUUGGUUAGGUUUUAUUUUGUUUAAGCGCAUGUGUGACUGACAACCUGGACUCUUGACGCCAUGGUACUAUCUAUUCUUUUGUCCCGAUAGCAACACUGGGUGUAGCUCUUAAGAAAUAAAGAGCUGCUCCACAUGUGUCUUGUACAGCAGAAUUUAAUAAUUUAAUUUUUUUUAAAGUUCAACUUCUCCAUAUUUUGAAUUUAUAACAAUGCAGGUACCUGGACCCACAGCAGGUAAAUGUUUGGAUGUUUAGAAAAAUAGUGUCUGCUGCUGUUUCGAAAAUGUUAAAAGUCUGACAAAAUGUAAAUAAUUUAUCAAAAAAAAGAAAAAAAAGACUUGUACAGUCUCAUGUAAAGUUUGUAAUUGAACAUAAAAAAAAACCUCCAUCACAUGUUCCUGAUAUUCUACUCUUUAUACAGUACAAAAGACAACUUGUUUGCUAAAGAUGAUGUACAACCUUCUUAAUUAUGUUCAAUGUCCUACUGUCACUUUUUCCCUGCUUGGCAUUAUUCAUAAUGUAAACCAGCCUUUAUUUUCUGCAGUAUUGACGUGAGGUAAAGAAAAGAAAUAAUUAGGGUUAAAUUUACUUUAGUGGUACUAGUAGUCUGACCUUCUCUGCCUCCAUUAUAUUUGAAAUAAUAAAAAAAGAUGUUGAAAACACCAGUCAAAAGACACCAACCUGUUAUUUUCUGGCGUUUACAGGCACCUUAUCAUUAUGUACAAUUUCAAAAAAAAAGGCCUUUUGCACAAGGUGGUAUUACAGACUCUGGGUAAUAAUGCCAUCUUCUUAUUGUUACAAAUAAUGGAUAUGAUAAGACAGGGAUUUGGGGCCUUAUGGGGAGUGGCUCUAAGACUGCCUGAGCUCAUUUUACCUCAAAACUGUCCUUCUCUCUCCUAUAUAUAUAUAUAUACAUAUAUAUAUUCACCAUCACUCCAUCUUUUGUACUGCUGUUGACACUUAAUUAAAGAUAAAUUUUGUUUUAUGAC